GGGAAAUCCCAGAUACAGUUUAACGCAUGCGCUCAUUUGAGAAAGAUGGCGGCGCCCACGGGUUCAUCAGAGGACGACGUCUUUGGCGAUUUGAACCUCUUUGAGGAGUUUUCUUCGACAGCCAGGACAACCGAACGCAAGGAGCCCACUAAGAAGCAUCCAUGGGAAACAGAAAAGGCUGAUCUGGAGGAGGAAUUAACGAGACUGAAGCAAGAAAAUCAGAAACUUCAAGCUCAACUAAAAAUAUGCAUACAGUCAAAGGGUUACAAGGUAUCGGAGGGAACCCAGGAUGGUCCUAUUGCACAAGUGAUUUAUAUGAAUCAUGACAAAGUCUGCAAAUACAGACAAGAUAUUGAGAAAUAUUUUGAACAUGUAUGCUCAGAGUAUUUUGCUCAACAAGCACAACCAAUGGGAAAGAAAUAUGAAUACAGCCGACCUCUACCUCAGUGCUCCUCCAUGGUGCUGGGUGAGAACCCCGACCCUGAUAACCAGCAAGCCUUCACUGUCACCGGCAAUGUGCAAUACUACCUCUUAUUCUGCCUCGACACGUUAGGGCGCCCUCUAGUGGAUGGUAAUGUCGAGAUGACCGAAGGAUGGGAGAUACCUCUCUAUCCAAUCAUCUUCCGAGAAGCCUUACCUGUAGAUGACAAACCGAGUGCACCAUCUAAAGGGAGACGGCCAAAAGCUUCUUGUUUCAACUGUGGCAAUGAGAAACAUAGUUUGAGAGAAUGCCCAGUGCCGCGUGAUCUAGUGCGGAUCAGUCAGAAUAAGAAACUCUUCAUGGAUCAGAUGUCAUCAUCCCCUGCAAAUACCAUUUCAGGAAGACGCUACCAUAAGGAAGGUGAAACCAAAGAGACAGAAGACCGCUUCAAAACAUUCAAACCGGGUGUCCUCAGUGAUGCAUUGAGGCAAGCAUUGGGUUUAUCGUCCAAUCAGCUUCCUCCUUAUAUCUAUGGUAUGAGACGUCUUGGUUACCCGCCGGGUCACUAUAUGGAUGCACAGGUCCACAAAUCAGAUCUAAAGGUUUAUAACAUCAAAGACACAGAUGAGGAAGGGGAAGUCCCUAGUGAUGGUGAAGGUGGUGAAAGUGCACAACCAAAGUUCAACCUCAACAAGCUAAUAGAUUAUCCAGGUUUCAAUGUUGAUGCUCACCCAUCCAUUGCAGAUGAGUGGCAGAGGUACAACUCUAUACCAAUGCAGAACAACCAGCGUAAGGAGGUCCUCAAGCUCCACCUCACACCUAUGGCAGUGGAUGAGGAUGAUAUGGUGACGCCUCGAAACAAGCGCAGGAACAGGGAUUUCCAUGAGAGCAGCAGUCAGAAGAAACGAAGGAUAGAGCAAGAUGCUGUGGAUAUGGAUAUCAGUACAGAGUAUCCAGAUACCCCUGUGAGAGGCUGGUUUCAACCUCCACUACCACCAACCCCUGAGAUAGCCACGCCUCCCCCUUUGCCCCCUGGCUCUGCCCCUCCCACUCCUAUCAGAGACAGCCCAUCAGCGUCGAGUCAGGAUGACUCAUUACCAUGGCAAAGUGCCAAUACCAGCCUCUCUGCAUCCCGGCAGAACUCUCAAGCAUCCUCUCGGUCUACGUCUCCAGACCUAGACCGGCUCAUGACAGAACGGAACAAACUUCUCGCGGCCCUGGAGAAAGGCGGGGAUAGUGUCUCAUCUUCCAGUGAUGUCAUCGCAUCAGGGGUGGAUACCACAGAGGAGGAGGAGGAUGGGGAAGUGGAAAAUGACAAAAGGACUAAGGUCGCAAAUAAGAAGGUUCAUUCAAAGGAUAAGAAGGAAAAUGGUCAUGACGGACACAUUGAGAGGACAGAUGAAGCAGGAGAGUCUAAUCCAGACGUUUCGUCCAAGGAUUCCCCAGACAGUCCGGAACCUCAAAGCCUGAACAGUAGCAGUCAAUGGAUCAUCUUAGACACGACAGGAGACAACAGCGUCUUCAUGAGCCAGGAGGUGGAGGAGGAUGAGACGCCUAACAAGUCUGGUGUUCCUCACAGACGCAACUUCUCUGUCAACAUCACUCCUCAUGACUUUGAAGUUGAUGAACCCAAAAAGAAAGGUAUCUUUCAGAAAAUCUUAGGAAUUCUGAAGAGAGAUAAGAACUGAUCCAUAUCCAUUUGUAGUUUUAUAUUUGUUUUAGAAAUUGAUAACAAUUACAUUUUAAAGGGAAGUGAUCAAACGAGAAGUCAGCAAUACUGUUUUUUAUCUCAGUGAUGAACUUCCAUUGCAAUCUGGAAAUAUGAUAUUUUGUAAUAUUUUUCUGUAUUCAAAGAAAGUAGGGAUUGUUUGAACUGUCAACCAUAUUUGUUUGGGGGAUAAAGUAUUGAUUUCAAAUGUCAACAAGUGACCAAAUGAUAAUAGUAUACAUGAUCUUUUAACUCAAGCAUAUAUACAUAUGUCCAGAAAUAUCUGAAUUGAAGGUUGAAAAAAAAAAAUCGAAAUCUAUAUCACAAAAAAAAUAGAUUAAAAAAAUGAAAAUGGUUUGAAGAGAAGAUCUAUGAAGUUGUCAUGAAUUUGGUUACUUUAAUCCAUUUAUUGGAAUGACUUUGUAUAGCAAUAGAAUAGAUGUCAAACAUUUUAAAAGAAGCUGAGACUAAAACGACUACUUCAUAUACUUAAAGGUCAAGCCCACCCCAGAAAAAUGAUGAUUUGAAUAAAUAGAGAAAUUCAAACUAGCAUAAUGUUGAAAAUUUCAUCAAAAUCAUAUGUAAAAUAAGAAAGUUAUGACACUUUAAAAUUUCACUUAUUUUUCACAAAAAGUGAUGUGCACAACUCAGUGACAAGCAAAUGAGACAGUCAAUGAUGUCCCUCAGUCAAUAUUGCUUUUGUUUUUUUAUUGUUUGAAUUAUACAAUAUUUCAUAUUUUACAGAUUUGGCAAUAAACUCCAACUUGACCAAACCAUACACUAUUAAACAAUACCAAUUCCACAUGUUCAGGAGGAAUUAAUCAUUGUUUCACUUGACAAUGAGUAUAAAAUUAGAAUAUUUCAUAUAAUAAAAUAAAAAAGAAAUAGUGAGUGGAUGACAUCAGUCUCCUCAUUUGCAUACUGAACAGGAUGUGCAUAUAACUGGUUUGUGAAAUUAAGUGAAACUUUGAAUUGUCAUAACUUUCUUAUUAUACAUUCGAUUUCGAUGAAAUUUCCAGUGUUAUGCUUGUUGGAUUUUUCUCUUUUUAUUCAAAUCAACUUUUGUUGGGGUGGACUUAUGCUUUAAACAAAACUUAAUGGGGUGAUUCUUAUUUCAACUUCAAUUAACUAAGUAACACAUGUGUUAUUAUAUUCAAUAAUGUUUUAAGUGUAUGAUGUUUGAUCCUAUUAUUAGGGACAGUGGUUUUCCGUUUCUAAAAAUUGCCUUUUCCGUUUCAGAAAAUCUUAGAUUCUGUUUCAGCAUGUCUGAAUACUGAAAUUCUGUUUCCCCCAUAGACUUUGUGUACAUGAAAAAGUGACAAUUCCGUUUACAUAGAAAAUCAGUACGCAAUAAGUAGCGAUGUCAACAUGCUCGCCCUGGUCAAACUUUGUAUCUGCCACUGUACUAAAAAACGCUUUAAAAUCAAUUUAAAUCGAUGAGAUUCAAGUACAAAAACUAUUUAAAGAAACAUAAAUAACAUAAAUACAUCCCCACCUUUCAUAUUAUUAGCAUUAUUUUGUGGUUAAAUGAGAUUUUAUCGCUGAUUUGGGAACUUUUUGGACAUCGUUUUGAACAUUCGACGACUUUCGCCUAUCCGCCAUUUUGGAUUUGAGGAGUACCGGGUACUGCGAUAUGAUAUUAUGAUCGAACGCAGAGGGCAGCAACACAUGGCCAUGUUUCUGCCUUUAUGUGGACGUGAGUGUAAACUAAUUUUUAUACGAUUGAGUGAUGGAGGGGCUUGAGUGCAGUCACGAUGUGUGGAUUGCCAUGAUUGUUGUAGCGAAGUGAGAUCAUGUUUUUUGACUACCAGGUAGUUGAUAUUCGUAUUUCGUUGAAGAUUUGGGAGUAAUUUCUUUUGCUAUUCUGUGCAUUUUGAGAAAAAAUAUGUUUUCCGUAAUUUUCCAUUUGAAAAGCCACUUUCCAUUUCAAAAGGCGAAAUCCGUGAAUUCCGUCUGUUUUCCGCGAUCGCGGAAAAUCUCUGUCCCUAUAUUAUGCAGCUAUGAUGUAUUGAAACUUCUAUUCUUCUUUAUAGAAUUAAUUUACAAAUCCAGGGCAAAACUACUGGUAAUUUUGGAACAAAAAAUUCAGGGGAAUUUCGGGGAUUUGUAAAUUUCUUCUGAAAACCUGUGGAAAACGAUAAUUUUUAAUAAUCUGAUAAUGCAGCUUAUGCAUGUUCAGUCAUAUUAUUUGAUCAUUUUUUAUUACUUUCAUGGGCCACCUUAAUAUCAUGGACAAUAUUGGUAAUCACAGUCAAUGUAAUGUAGGUAAAAACAAAAAUGCAUAGAUUGAAGGAAUAUAAUCAUAAGAUCUCUGUUCAUUUAUAUAAAUGGAUUUCGAUCAUUGCAAAUCAUUUUUUAUAAAGUCAUUGUUUAAGUAGACUAUACAUAGCAGCCAGUAAGUAAAGUUAUACUCUAAUUUUUACUUUUAUAGCCGUUUAAAUUGUAUUGAAAAUUUUAGGGAUGAUCUGUAUGAUGUGAAAUAAUGAACAUAAGUGGAACUGUGAAGUACAAGUAUUUAUUGUGUCUUACAAUAUACAUGUAUGUGAGAAGAUUUCCAGGACAAGUAAUUUGUUUUAAAGCGAAAUUGUGACAUGAUCCAUAUGAAAUUUUUAUCUGUAUUUUAUUUUAAGUGUUAUAAGAUUGGAUGGAAUUUACUUGGUGUAUAGUGACAAGAUUUUAUGGACAUGUGAUUUUAUUCCCAUCAUUCAGGAUCUUUUUUAUAGAAUAAAAUGCUCAGAUAUUUUGUACAAUCUA